AUGUGCUGUGGAUCAGACCGAUUAAACCAGAUCGAGUCAUCAACAUCUCCGUCGCCAGACAACAACCUCGUUACCAACACAGAAAUGAAUCACCUGAGAGUCGAAACAGAGGACACCUUCGCGAGCCUCCUCGAGCUUGCAGCGAACAACGACGUGGAAGGCGUGAGGCUAUCCAUCGAGAGAGACCCUUCUUGCGUAGACGAAGCUGGUCUCUGGUACGGCCGUCAAAAGGGGUCAAAAGCCAUGGUCAACGAUCAGAGGACUCCGUUGAUGGUCGCCGCUACUUACGGAAGCAUCGACGUGAUCAAGCUCAUCGUCUCCCUGACUGACGCUAACGUGAACCGACCCUGCGGCAACGACCAGACCACCGCGCUACACUGCGCUGCCUCGGGAGGAGCCGUGAAUGCUAUUCAAGUCGUUAAGCUGCUUCUCGCGGCUGGAGCGGACCUGAACGUUUUGGAUGGUGAAGGUCAACGUGCUGGAGACGUUAUCGUUGUUCCUCCUAAGCUUGAAGGUGUGAAGCUCAUGCUUCAGGAGCUUCUCUCCGCUGAUGGAUCGAGGAAUCUACGUGUCGUGACGAAUGUUCCGAACAGAAGCAGCACUUCUCCGACUCUAUCUCCCACCGAAGAGAACGGCCUAGACUCUCCGUUUAAGCUGAAGUCGACUGAGUUCAAGAAAGAGUAUCCGGUGGAUCCGUCUUUGCCGGAUAUCAAGAACAGCAUCUACGCGACUGAUGAGUUUAGAAUGUAUUCCUUCAAGGUGAGGCCUUGCUCGCGAGCUUACUCUCACGACUGGACCGAGUGUCCUUUUGUUCAUCCUGGCGAGAACGCGAGGAGGAGAGACCCGAGGAAGUUCCACUACAGCUGCGUGCCGUGCCCUGAUUUUAGGAAAGGAGCUUGUAGACGAGGGGACAUGUGCGAGUACGCGCACGGUGUGUUUGAGUGCUGGCUUCAUCCUGCUCAGUACCGGACUCGUCUCUGCAAAGACGGCACCGGAUGUGCUCGUCGCGUUUGUUUCUUCGCGCAUACGCCAGAGGAGCUUCGACCUUUGUACGCUUCCACAGGCUCCGCUGUUCCUUCUCCUCGCUCGAACGCUGACUACGCAGCUGCUUUGAGUCUGCUUCCUGGCUCUCCGUCUGGUGUCAUGUCUCCGCUCUCGCCGUCUGCUGCAGGGAACGGGAUGUCGAUGUCGAUGUCUCCUCACUCGAACAUGGCGUGGCCGCAGCCGAACGUUCCUGCUCUGCAUUUACCUGGAAGCAACUUGCAGUCGAGUAGGUUGAGGUCUUCUCUCAAUGCAAGAGACAUUGCUCAGGAGGAGUUUAAUAUGUUGGCGGAUUACGAGCAGCAGCAGCUUCUCAACGAGUUUUCGAACUCGUUGAGCCGUUCUGGUCGGAUGAAGUCGAUGCCUCCGUCGAAUCUUGAAGAUCUUUUCUCCGCGGAAGGGUCUUCGUCGUCUCCGAGGUUUACUGAUUCCGGUUUAGCUUCUGCGGUUUUCUCGCCGACGCACAAGUCAGCUGUGUUCAACCAGUUUCAGCAGCAGCAGCAACAGCAGCAGCAGAGCAUGUUGUCUCCGAUCAACACGAGCUUCUCUUCACCGAAAAGUGUUGAUCAUUCGUUGUUUUCCGGUGGAGGAAGGAUGUCUCCGAGGAAUGUGGUUGAGCCUAUUUCACCGAUGAGUGCUCGGGUUUCAAUGUUGGCUCAGUGCGUGAAGCAGCAACAGCAGCAACAACAGCAACAGCAGCAUCAGUAUCGUAGCCUUAGCUCCAGGGAGAUGAGAACAAGCUCAAGCCCGGUUGUUGGUUCACCGGUUAACAACAACAACUCGUGGUCGUCGAAAUGGGGAUCUUCAAAUGGUAAACCGGAUUGGGGGAUGAGCUCAGAGGCACUUGGGAAGAUGAGAGCUUCUUCUUCGUUUGAUGGUGAUGAGCCUGAUGUGUCUUGGGUGCAAUCACUGGUGACGAAUGAAGCCAAAGAGAACGUAGCAGCGUCGUCUUCAAACUCAGGGGAAAGCGUGAAGCAGCAGCCAACAGCGGUUGUUGAAGGAGUAGUGGAUCAUGCUGGUCUAGAAGCUUGGAUUGAGCAAAUGCAGCUCGAUCAGCUUGUGGCUCAGCAGAAUUGA